AAGUAUAAGAACAAAUGACAUUCCAUGUUUGAAGAAAUCCCAAUUCUAAAGAUGAGGUUUUGUGCUUCUUUAAUCCCAAACCCAAAUGAAAGGGAAAAGCUUUUAGCAGAAAUUUGACUCCAACAAGCAAUACCCAUGAAUCCUUUCUUGUCAACUCUCUCAAGAAAUUAACCACAACACGUUCACUGGGAUGUUAUAAUCAAACCUGUCUCCCUUUUUUCUUUCAUGCGUUUUAUCAAACACGUGUGUUGCCUCCCGCAGUCCUUGCAAUCUCAAGAUAUUGAUAUUUUGAAACAGAGAAGAAGUGGAUUGAAGUGAUGAAGAUUGGGAAGGUAGAAUUGCUGGUGUUUACUGUGCUGCUGUUGAACUUGUCAGCUUCUUCUGCUUGGUUUGGGAAUAAAAAUAAAUACAGAAGUGCAAGGAAUUCCGCUUUCCCCGGUGAAGCGACGUCGUCGUCUUCAUCAUCGGCCCUAAAUCGUGGUGGGUCCUCCAUUGUUUUUCAAGUUCAUGGCAACGUUUAUCCUGUUGGGUUUUACAACGUUACUCUCAACAUCGGCCAGCCACCGAGACCCUAUUUUCUUGAUCUUGACACGGGUAGUGACCUCACAUGGCUUCAAUGUGAUGCACCUUGCACCCAUUGCUCUGAGACACCCCAUCCGCUUUACUCGCCAAGCAAUGACUUAGUGCCUUGUGAUGAUCCCCUCUGCGUAUCCUUACAUCAGAGCAGCCGCUACAACUGUGAUUAUCCAGAUCAAUGUCACUAUGAAAUUGUGUAUGCAGAUCAAUAUUCAACCCUUGGAGUUCUUCUCAAGGAUGUCUAUCAUCUCAACUUUACAAAUGGAAACCAACUUAAAGUUCGAAUGGGACUUGGAUGCGGAUAUGAUCAAGUCUUUCCUGCUUAUUCUUACCACGCCGUUGAUGGAGUACUUGGCCUUGGCAGAGGAAGAGCCAGUUUGAUAUCUCAGCUUAGCAGUCAGGGUUUGCUACGGAAUGUAGUUGGACACUGUUUAAGCUCAUACGGAGGAGGAUAUAUGUUCUUCGGAGAUGUUUCUGAAUCUUCUCGAGUGACUUGGACUCCUAUGUCUUCCGGAGAUUCUAAACAUUACUCUGCUGGGGGAGCUGAACUCCUUUUUGGAGGGAAGGCGACUGGGGUUGGAAAUCUCCUCGCGAUAUUUGACACUGGAAGCUCUUACACUUACUUCAACUUCCAUGCUUACCAAGCUCUAAUCUCUUGGUUAAAGAAGGAAUUACAUGGAAAACACUUGUAUGAAGCGCCUGAUGACCAGACUGUGCCUAUCUGUUGGCAUGGUAGAAGACCUUUCAGAAGCAUAAAUGAAGUCAGGAAAUAUUUCAAGCCUCUGGCUCUGAGUUUCACCACUGGUAGAAGGUCCAGAGCCGUAUUUGAAAUCCCUCCUGAAGCUUACUUGAUAAUAUCAAACCUGGGAAAUGUGUGCUUGGGCAUUCUAAACGGCUCUGAAGUUGGCAUGGGGGAUGUGAACCUAAUUGGAGACAUAUCCAUGCUGGACAAAUUGAUGGUAUACGACAAUGAGAAGCAGUUGAUUGGUUGGUCAACAGCAAAUUGUGACCGUGCUCCAAAAUCCAGACAUUUCAGCGUAUGAUCGUAAUAGCUACGUUGUCCCUUCGUAGUUACCUCUGGGAUCAUAACGAGAGCAGAAUUCUGCUGUCUAUACCAGUAUAACUGUAUCUUCUGCAAUAUUUAUAUACAUAUAUGGUUAUGGAGAUAGCUCUCUGUACAUUUGUAUUGUAAGAUAAAUAUUGAAAAGCUCUCUGGCUAUCCUGAUCAUGAUAUGAUGAUUAUGGCAUAUUCCCUUGUGACUGCCGUGUAAUUAAUGCUCAUGUUACACUAGUUUGACUCGCUGUGAGGAUUUGUUGCAAGUAGGUGCUGUUUUUCAAAAUGUUUUGAGCAUUUUACAUGAUGAAAUCUCCUCCUCUUGAUAUUCCUUCAUCUUAAUUUUGCCAAUAA